UCAUUUGUACACCUUUUAAGAAAAUACUAACCCAUAGGCAAAAAUAUGUAAUUUGACUAAACUACCCCUGAUUAAAUAAGUAUUGUGAUUUGCUCACUUAACACUUAAUAAGGACAAUUUUGAAUGAAUAUGGUUAAAUUAUUUCUGAUUUAAUAAGUAGACACUAUUUUUUAACAAAAAAAAAAAAAAAAAAGAAUAAGUUAUGCGGAGGGAGUAUUUUUCAAGAAAACAUUUUGUGUCAUACAAAACUUAAUUGCUUGCACUUGAGUGGCGGGAAAAUGGAUCGCAAAAUGCUUGUAAUUAACGUGUUAACAUUCCCAGUAGUCACUAUAAACAUCUCGGAUGUGCUCAAAAUUGACACAAAACAAACAUACGGGAGAUCACAAUGGUGAAAAAAUCGAUAAGCUUAGAGAAUUAUCUCGAUUUCAUUGACAGCAACAAGAGACUCCAUUUAACUGUCGGUAAUCUCAAUGAUAUCAUCAGCAUUCACGGAUUCAAAAAACACAAGGGUCAAAAGAACGUUCUGGUUGACACGGUGAGAUCAAUGGAUUUAAUGGACCUGCGACGCUCCACAUUGCAAGAGGAGAUAUCAUCAGAAGCGUUCGUUUCUCUCAAUGAAGCAAUCAAAGACCUCACUCAUCUCAAUUGGCAAGAAUGCUGUGUCACUUCUCUGCAAACCAUUUGUUUCUCUAACGGUGUCAAGGACUCAGUUCACCGCAAGGAGAAGACUAACGCUUCAGCUUCAUCAGUGCUGAAUAUGCCGCCAAUGAAGAAGCAAAAGGCACCAAGCCAACAGUCAGCUGGUGUGACUAAUGAACAAGUCGAUGUUACAGAAGCGAGUGUAAAUGAUGAACAAGUUGCAUUUUCUGGUGUUAUGUGUGUGCAAAGUGCUAUGGGUGUUUCGAAAAGAGUCAUGGAGAAGGACUAUGUUCAAGAAGUCACAAAGAAGCAGCACUAUGAAAAGCUUAAUUGGGGAACAAAAUGGGCACCAAGCCAACAGUCAGCUGAUGUGACUAACGAACAAGUUGACGUUACAGAAGGGAGUGUGAAUGAUGAACAAGUUGGAUUUUCUGGUGUUAUGUGUGUUCAAAGUGCUGUGGGUGUUCCGAAAAGAGUCAUGGAGGACUAUGUUCAAGAAGUCACAAAGAAGCAGCACUAUGAAAAGCUUAAUUGGGGAACAAAAUGGGUACCAAGCCAACAGUCAGCUGGUGUGACUAAUGAACAAGUUGACGUUACAGAGGAGAGUGUAAAUGAUGAGCAAGUUGCAUUUUCUGGUGUUAUGUGUGUGCAAAGUGCUGUUCAAGAAGUCACAAAGAAGCAGUACUAUGAAGAACUUAAUUGGAAAACAAAAGCGACAAGAACAAGAAGGGCAAGCCAAGUUGUAAAAGUGGAACGUUUUACUUAAAGAUAGUUGGUUGAGAUUAGCAUUUCAAAUAAUUCUGUAACGUAAAUAAAAGAAAGUAAGGACAGUGGCAUGAGAGAUAUCAUUUUUAUUUGUCAAGUAAUGCCUUAUUGAUGACAAUUAAAAAGUUUGUUGAAUAUCUCCUCGAGUUAUUUCUCUUGCAAUUUAUGAUGGGUCAAAUGUGCAU